AUGGCUGGCGACAAGUCACCCCAGUUUAGUCACCUUCCUCUGGCAACUAACAAGGCUAUGGAGUGUGCGUUGUCUGGUUCUGAGCUGCUAUCUUGCGCCUAUCUGAACAAAGGCAGUGCCUUUACCGAAGAGGAGCGUGAUGAAUUUGAUCUUACUGGUCUCCUCCCAUCCAAUGUUCAGACUCUCGAUGAGCAGGUCAAGAGGGCAUAUGCUCAAUUCCAGUCCAGAUCAGACGAUCUUGCAAAGAACACCUUCAUGACCAGUUUGAAGGAGCAGAACGAGGUGCUAUACUACAAGCUGAUCCAGGAUCACUUGAAGGAAAUGUUCCCUAUCAUCUAUACACCCACGGAAGGUGAGGCCAUCAGCAACUAUUCAAGACUUUUCCGCCGUCCUGAAGGUUGCUUCCUCAACGUCAACGAACCUGAGAAGGUUGAGGGCAAUAUGUCCCAGUGGGGUGGACCCGAAGACAUUGAUCUCAUCGUUGUCAGUGACGGUGAGCAGAUCUUGGGCAUCGGUGACCAAGGCGUCGGUGGUAUCCUGAUCUCGACCGCAAAACUGGCCAUCUACACACUUUGUGCUGGAAUCCACCCUCACCGCACGCUGCCCGUGGUUUUGGACUGCGGUACGAACAACAAGGAGAUGCUCGACGAUGAUCUGUAUCUGGGUCUUCGACAGGAAAGAGUCAGAGGAGAGAAGUACGACAAAUUCAUUGAUACUUUUGUCAAGACUGCAAGGAAGCAGUACCCCAAUGCUUACGUUCAUUUUGAAGAUUUCGGACUUCCAAACGCUCGCCGUAUCUUGGACAAAUACACUCCUGAGAUUGCCUGCUUCAAUGAUGACGUUCAAGGUACUGGAUGUGUCACCUUGGCUGCAAUCUACGCUGCCCUCAAGGUCGCAAAGCUCGAGAUGAAGGACAUUCGUGUCUUGAUGUACGGCUCCGGAACUGCUGGUACUGGUAUCGCAGAUCAGGUGUCUGACGCGAUCGCGGUCGAGUCUAACAAGUCCAAGGAGGAUGCUUUGAAGCAGAUCUGGUGUGUCGAUAAGCCUGGUCUUCUCCUGGAAUCGAUGAAGGAUGAUCUCACGCCAGCUCAACACCCGUACGCACGCAAAGACUCGGAAUGGGACGGCAAGAAGCACGAUGAUUUGCUUGAAAUCGUCCGCGAAGUCAAGCCUCACAUUCUGAUUGGCACAUCUACCAAGCCCAAGGCCUUUACAGAGGAAGUGAUCAAGGAGAUGGCCAAGCACACUGACCGUCCUAUCAUCUUCCCUUUGUCGAACCCGACCAAGCUACACGAAGCCAACCCUAGUGACCUAUUCAAGUGGACAGACGGCAAAGCUCUGAUGGCAACGGGAUCUCCAUUCGAUCCUGUCGAGUUUAACGGAACCAAGUAUGAGGUUGCAGAAUGUAACAACAGUACCACAUUCCCCGGCAUCGGACUGGGGGCCGUCUUGUGUCGAACAAAGCUCAUGUCACCGCCCUUGUUGGUUGCAGCAACGAAGGCACUCGCAGCUCAAGCGCCGGCGCUCAAGGACGAGAAGGCGGGACUUCUUCCUGACGUGACAAACGUGCGCGAGAUCAGUGUCAAGAUUGCGGCAGCAGUGAUCAAGAAGGCAAAGGAAGAGAAGCUGACACAGCAGGAAGGUAUUCCUGAGGAUGAUGACGAACUGGAAGCAUGGAUCAGAGCUCAAAUGUGGGAUGCCGAGUACAGACAGCUGGAGAAGGUCGAGCACGGCCAGGCAACUCGUGCAGCCAAAGGACAAGCUGGAGCCAAGGGAAAGACUUCUAAGAAGUCAAACUAG